GCGGCGGCGGCGGGACCGGCGGCACCGGGAGCCGGAGCGAUGUUCGUGCAGGAGGAGAAGAUCUUUGCGGGGAAGGUGCUGAGGCUCCAUGUGUGCACCAUGGAGGGCGCCGAGUGGCUGGAGGAGGUGCCCGAGGACACCACGGUGGAGAAGCUCAAGGAGCGGUGCCUGAAGCACUGUCUUCCUGGGAGCCUGGAGGAUCCCAAAACUGUGACACAUCACAAGCUGAUCCAUGCUACUUCUGAGAAGGUGCUGACAGACACAAAAACAGUGUUGGAGGAGAACAUUCAGGACAGAGAUGUUUUGCUGCUGGUCAAGAAGCGCGCGCCAACGCUGCUCCCCAAGAUGUCAGAUGUGGUUGCAGAGGAGAAAAGGAAGCAGGAGCAGAAGGCUCCUGACAAGGAUGCCAUCCUCAAAGCCACGGCCAACCUGCCCGCCCGCAGCGCGGACCGCAGCGUGACCCACCACAACAUGAGGGAUUUCCAGACAGAACUCCGGAAGAUUUUAGUGUCUCUCAUAGAAGUUGCACAGAAACUGCUAGCACUGAACCCAGAUGCAGUUGAACUAUUUAAGAAGGCAAAUGCCAUGCUGGAUGAGGAUGAGGAGGACAGGGUGGACGAGAUCGCGCUGCGCCAGCUCACCGAGAUGGGAUUCCCAGAGAGCAGAGCUGUCAAAGCCCUCAGGCUCAACCACAUGUCUGUGACCCAGGCCAUGGAGUGGUUGAUAGAACACGCUGAUGACCCUUCUGUGGAUGCUCCUCUGCCAGGUGCUGCUCCUGCAGAAGCCCCUGCAGAAGCCCCAGCUGAAGCUGCUGCCUCCUCUGCUGAGGCAGCUGCAGGGCCCAGCUCUGAGGAGGGCGGGGAGGAGGCCAAGGAUGAGCUGACUGAAAUCUUCAAGAAGAUCCGCAGGAAAAGAGAAUUUCGUCCUGACCCACGGGCUGUCAUUGCCCUGAUGGAGAUGGGAUUUGAUGAAAAGGAAGUGGUGGAUGCACUCAGAGUGAACAACAACCAGCAAAAUGCAGCUUGUGAGUGGCUGCUGGGAGACAGAAAACCUUCUCCAGAGGACUUAGAUAAGGGCAUUGACACCAACAGCCCUCUCUUCCAAGCCAUCUUAGAAAACCCAGUGGUACAAUUAGGGCUCACCAACCCUAAAACUCUACUAGCCUUCGAGGAUAUGCUUGAAAACCCCUUGAACAGCACUCAGUGGAUGAACGAUCCCGAGACGGGGCCGGUGAUGUUACAGAUUUCCCGCAUCUUCCAGACACUGAACCGCACGUAGAGGGAGCUGCCAGUGCACUGUGCCACCUCCCCCUGGCCUCACUCCCCCUCCACCUCCUCAGGAGGCUGCCUGGAUGCUUGGGAAGGGGUGGAGGGAAGGGAGGGAAGGGGGAAAUCCUGGCUGGAGGGGUCUCUCUCACACAAGAGAGUUCGUAGUUACGGCCAACAGGAGUGAGUUGCCUUGUGGAUUUAGUGUUAGUGGAAGAGGUUUGAGGAUUUGUUCAUGUUUUCAGGUAUUAGGUUUAAAAUAAAGUAUAUAUAUUAAAAAAAAAAAUAGGAAAAAGGUUUUGUGAAAACAUUUAAGAAUCUGAUUGUUGGAAAGAAAUAUUGCUCGUUCAAAAGGCCUGUGACAGUUUUCUGGCCAGUUUUGCUAGGAUCUGGCUGGUGUUUACAAAAGGUCACUGACCACUAGCAUAGGAUAUUAAUCAUCUCCAUACAGUAUUAAUUUAUAGCUCUUAUCAAAUUGCAAAACUGCUUUUUUAAAAAAAAAGAAAUUGAUUCUUAGGAAAUGUUUUUUAAAAGCCCAAAUCUUGGGAAAGCAAGCACAUUUCUAUCCAAGCUUGUUUAUCUGGCAUUCUAAUUUAAGCAGAAUCAUUCAGAGAUGGAAUUCUAAUAAAUAGCAUUACUUUUUCCUAUUUAUUUGCUGCGUUAGUGUUGUUGCAGUCCCACUGGGGUUGUACUUGCAGGAGGUUCUCUGUCAGGUACCGUAAAGGUGCAGGAUUUCUUUCACCACAGAAUUCACCACAUCAAGACUUGGAUUCCCAAGUGGCUGCAACUCCUAAGCUCACACUCUGCCAUAUCCCAUUGCAAGGAGGGAUAUGUUCACACAGUGGGUUUUUUUUUUCUUAUUUUUAUGUGCACAGUUUUGGCAAGGGGCUUGUGGGGGUUUUAUUCUGUUUACAAAAAAAAGCAGCUGAAUUGCAUGGGGGGGUUUGCUGGGGUUCUGUAAAGCAGCAGAACCACACAGGUUUUUAUCCUGUUUAAGGUAUUUAAAGCACGCUUGAAAUUGCUAUCUUUGAGUUAGAAGUGGGGUUUUCUUUAUCCUUAUUUUUACCAUGGUCAUACCAAGAAUGUCAGGCUGGGUCUUUCCUAUUUUGCCAGAAGACUGAUUUGAGAUUUCAGAGAGAAAUUCUGAGCUAUUAAGAGCAGAACUCACUGUGAAUAUCCAGCUGGUGUUUAUGAUUGGGCUCUGCAGGUGUUACUUUUUUAGCAGUCUGCUAAAAAAAGGGGUUUAUUUUCAACUCAGUGCAACAUGACUGACAUCUGUCAUCAUCCCUGCCAUGCCUUGUGCUUCACAGCCCUCCAGGAAAGGCAGAAGAGGCAAAUUUUGCAGAGAAAGCAGGUGCAGACCCUGUGCUUAAACAGCACAAAGGUGUCCUGUCAGACAGGGAGAUCCUGAGCAAGUCACCUCGGAGCUGUAGGAGGGAUUUAGGUGCAGUUGGGUUUUUUUAAACAAAAAUGCAGCAAGAUGCAACCUGAAACCCUACAACAAGUUUUGGCCUGAACUUGGCAUCUGCUCUGUGCUGUUAUGCAGCUGAGGCACUGAAGUUGCCAAUUUCUCAUAAUUAAUAUGAAGGGUGGGGAAAUCAAAACAGCCUGAGAUUUUAUCUUGUCUUACUAUCCCAGGAUUCUUUUAUUUUUUUUUAAUUUUGUAAUUUCAUAUUAAGCUUUACUGUUGAUGACUGCUGAAAUAUUUACUUCUACAUUUAGAAAUUCCAAGCUUUAUAGAGAUGUUUCUUCUGUUCAAAUUGGACAGUAAAACCAUUUUUGCGGGCUCUUGCUAAGAAUAGACUGCCAUGACAUGAAAUUAUAACCUUGUCCUGUAACUGAAGCCAGGAGCCUGAUCCUGCACCCCAGUGAGCUCAGCACAGCUACUCAUGAGUAGCUGUGACUGAAUAUUGUGGUCUUAUAAAAGGUUUUGAUUAUUUAAUCCUUUUUUUUUUUGCUUACUCCUGAAGCUUUUUACCUGUAAUAAUACCAGAAGACUCUUUUACUUGAAGCUCUUAAUGUUAGAGAGAAAUGUCCCUCUCUACAGUCAGGAUUGUGGUUAAUAUUCCUUUUAAUGAGUGUUUUGAGAAGGCAAAGUUGGGAAAAGCUACCCUGUAGUUUGGUGGGAGGUUUUUUGGCUUCUGAAUGGAUAAGGAGAGGUUCAGAAUGAGCAAACAGAUCCUUUGGGGCAGUUGUGGCCCUUGAAGAAUGUAAAGGCUUGGGAAAUGCUGGGUUUGGUUUCAGGAGGCCAUGGUUGGACUGCAGAGCUCAGAGGGAUGGAAGAGCUCAGAAUGGCAGCACCCCUCAGUGCCCCUGAGCUGUCAUAAAGGGUGGGGAAAAGCACCAGUAAAACAGAUUAUCCUGAUGUGAUAGGAGGUGAGAAUGCCCAGGUCCAGCAGCAGCAGCUGGGAGACCCUAGGGAUAAAGGAAUUCUGCAUUUUAGGGUGCUGGGAGGCUUGAGAAGAUGUGGUUAUUUCUGGAUUUUGUUAUUCCAGAGCUCAACACUUGCACAGCUGAGGUGUUGUUUGGGGUGGCUUUUAACAGAGCCCUGCUUGGCCUGUGAGAACUGAGGUUUGCAGUGGCCAAAAGCUGAAGGAGAGCAGAAUUUGGGGGGUGUGGUGUUUGCAGCAAGGCCCAGGAGUUGAUUUAAACCCAGCAAAAACUGCCCCGGUGAGGUUGAAGGAAUUGACGUCAGUGGUGCUGGGGUGUGAAUUACAGCAGGGGCUGUGUCCCAGCUCCCCAGGGCUGGGAUUGCUGUUUAUCCCAGAAAAUGCAGAGGGGAGCUGAGUCCCCUGUGCUUGGAAAGGCACAGAUUGGCCCAGGUUUUGGAAAACCUGCAAAAGCUGAGGUGUCAGCACUCUGGAGCUGGACGGUGCAGCCAUGGGGCACAGGGAAUGUGUGAGGCUUUGCCUGGUGAGGAGCUGUGCUGUCCCUGGGUGCAGGACUGGGGGAUCUGCUCUGAGGGCAGUGAGAGAUCCCUGAACACACAGGAAAGAUUUUUGUUCAAUAAAACCAGCAGGUUUUGUGAGGAAAAGCUGCUCCCAGCAGUGAGGAUUUACAGGCUCAGGUCCUGUGCUUGCACCUUGGGUGUUCAAGUUCCAGCUAGCACAGACAUGUCAGAGUUAAUUUUCUGUAAACAUGGUCAAGAGAAAAUUAUUGGAAGCCUGGCAGAUGGAGCAGGAAAGGGAUGGGGUGGUGGGUGACUAAUGGUGUGAUUCUUACAGUUCCUGCUCUUCGCCCCAUUGGUAGCCAGACAAUCUUGUACCUUUGGAUGUUGCAGGCCUCUUGCAAGUAGCCAGCUAUUUAUUGAAAUAUAUCUAACUUAUAAUUGUAUCACCAAAACACUGAUAUUUUUAAUGGCAAUCUAUUACAUGGAAGUUUGUUCUCAGGGCUUCGUAUUUAUACUCCUUUUUUAGGGGGAUGCAUUUAAAGGGAUGUGUUUGGAAAAUAGGCCAGUGGCUACUUUACAGCUUGGACCUUGAUUGUCCUGACCUGUGAGCCUGAGCUGGUGUAACUCUCCUGCUGAACCUCUGUCCCUGCUCCAGCCCAAAGAAUCUGCCAUUCCUCCUCUCCUGGUGAGCAGGGACGUGAGUCUUCCUUUGGGAUUGCUGCAUCCCUGCAUGGGAAUGGUCACACAGGAUCACCCUGCUGGGCUUUGCUCCAUCUCAAGGACGUUUGUGUUCUCCAUGCAGCUGCAGAAAGGACUUGCACAGUUCCCAAAGCAGCCAUCAGGGCACUCCUCCUCUGGGAAGGUGGGAGCUUCUCUCCUGCACGAGUUCCAGGGCCUCUCCUCCUCUGGGAAGGUGGGAGCUUCUCUCCUGCACGAGUUCCAGGGCCUCUCCUCCUCUGGGAAGGUGGGAGCUUCUCUCCUGCACGAGUUCCAGGGCCUCUCCUCCUCUGGAAAGGUGGGAGCUUCUCUCCUGCACGAGUUCCAGGGCCUCUCCUCCUCUGGGAAGGUGGGAGCUUCUCUCCUGCACGAGUUCCAGGGCCUCCAGCUCGUGGCUGCUUCUUGGCAGCCCCUGUCACAGACCUGAACCCAAAGCUUGACACAGCCCUGCCCCUUUCUUUCCUCCUCUCCUGGAACCAAACUUCCAUUUCAGAGAUUGAUUUUCAUAUCCAAGGAACUCUUUAGUGGUUCUUGAAAUCCUUUUUUUAGUUAGGACUGUUACAAUUACCUUUUUGUAGGUGUUCACACCAAAACAAGCAUCGCACCAAACGAAUGUAUAGCGACACUGUCAGCAAACAUUGCCUGGGCAGGGGGGACAGGUUACUGUGAGCUCUGCUCCAGGGGCACAGGUUACUGUGAGCUCUGCUCCAGGGGCAGUUUUCCCAAAGGCUUGUGCAAAGGAUAGCCAGUGUUUCAUCCAAAGGAACCAUCCUGGUUUUCUACUUUUAAUAAUAAAUACCAUUUUUAUUAAGCAACAGAACAGCUUCCAGCUGGUAUUUCCAUCCAACUGAGAGUCCUGGAGCUUUGGGGCUGGAGAUCCUGCCUGGAUCCCCAUCUCUGGGCCAGCUCCUCCUUGGAAGGGUUUGUGCU